AUCUAUCUUUCUUUCUAUCUAUCUAUCUAUCUAUCUAUCUAUCUAUCUAUCUAUCUAUCUAUCUAUCAUUUAUCUGUUGGUGCCUUAAGCAGUUAUGUUUGUAGCUGCAGGAAACCAUCCUCAGACUCCUUCCUGGGGACCAAGACAGCCACCGACGGAGCUCUGCCCAGAGUUGUGGACAAGCACCAAGCUUUUCUCUUGGUUAGCUCCCCUACAUCAGUACCUGAACCAGUGACCCCGGCUUCCCUUGUUUAGAGGAGCCAAACUCCUCUAAACAGACGAACAGCAGCAGCAAAGAGGAGUGAACACCCCUCUGUCGCUCAGCAGCCCUGAGUGGCUGUGACAGGCUGGGCUCCAGACUUACCGGGCGCUUGGUGAGGUCCCAGUUGUGGAUGACCCUGUCCAGAAUCACUGAGGCAUCGUCUUGGUGGCAAAUGUCACAGUAAUAGAGGCCAGAGAAGGCACAGAGCUCGGGUCGUACAAAGAAGAAGCCGAUCUGCCAGAAGCAGCCUGGGGAGAUGGGUAGAGAGUGAGUGGUGUGGCCAGAGUCAGCUCCUAGUAACUUGGGAGCUGCUGUGGUAGGAAGGAUCUGCUAAUUUUUUUUAAAGGUAGGCACAAAGACAAGAAUAACCACCACUCAUAUUUCCACCACUCAGAACUCCCCCUACUAAUUGAUCUUUACAACAACACACUGUAAGAACUAUCAUUAUUUUACAGCUGAAGAAAUGGAUGCUCAGAGAGGUUAGGAAAUCUAUCUGGUCACAUAGUGAUGAAGUGGCUUGGCUGCAUUCAGAUCUGGGUUUGCCUGGUUCCUUGGUUUGCCUGCUUCCUGGGGAAGGCACACAUGCUUGGUCUAAUGCCCCCAGGCAGCCCCCGCACAGGAGCAUAAGAGCUUCUGGGUGGUACACCAGAGGCAGAUGGGUAGGUGACCAGGAGAGUCCCAGGUGAGUCCCAUCUGCAGGGACCAGGCCUUUCAGAAGGCAGCUCUGAAGUCCUGUUUUCCAUUGCUAAAGGGGCAAGGUGUUCCCACAAGUACUAUGAAACCUCAUUGCAGAAUGUCAUCAUAAUUGUGCUCAUUCAGGGAAGCAUUUCCAGAAAAGUACUAUAUUGUCUCAAAACUGCCUACAGAGGACAAAAAUACUGUUUCGCCUGUCAAAUAGGAAAAUAUUUUCCUGAAAACUACUCUAUGCAAGUGAUGAUUAUAGAGAGCUCUUGAUUCCACCUGUAGCUCAGAUCUAAUCCAACCCCAUGAAGCCCCAGGUGUUUUAAAUGGUCCUUCCAAAGGUCUUUACCCUCAGUAGUUGGUUUAUGUAACAGCUCUGCGGGGCUUGUUCAGAUCUGCUAUUUGUUUUGUUUUUUGUUUGUUUUGAGAUCGAGUCUCCCUUUGUCGUCGCGGCUCACUGCAAGCUCCGCCUCCCAGGUUCAAGUGAUUCUCUUAUCUCAUCCACCCGAGUAGCUGGGAUUACAGGCACCUGCCACGCCCAGCUGAUUUUUGUAUUUUUAUGUUGGCCAGGCUGGAGGAUCUGCUGUUUGUUUAAUGUCCUCCAGUGUUUCCUUUUUUUUUUUUUUUUUUUGAGACGGAGUCUCGGUCUGUCACCCAGGUUGGAGUGCAGUGGCCGGAUCUCGGCUCACUGCAAGCUCCGCCUCCCGGGUUCAGGCCAUUCUCUUGCCUCAGCCUCCCGAGUAGCUGGGACUACAGGCACCCGCCACCUCGCCCGGCUAGUUUUUUGUAUUUUUUAGUAGAGACGGGGUUUCACUGUGUUAGCCAGGAUGGUCUCGAUCUCCUGACCUCGUGAUCCACCCGUCUCGGCCUCCCAAAGUGCUGGGAUUACAGGCUUGAGCCACCGCGCCCGGCCUUUUUUUUUUUUUUUUUUUUUUGAGACAGAGUCUUGUUCUGUCACCCAGGCUGGAGUACAGUAGUAUGAUCUCAGCUUGCCGCAACCUCUGACUCUUAGGCUCAAGUACCUCGGCUUCCCCAGGAGCUGGGAUUACAGACGUGCACCACCACACCCAGCUGAUUAUUGUGUUUCCAGUAGAGAUAGGGUUUCGCCGUGUUGGCUGGUUCCAGAGCCUGCGUUCUGCUCCAUUACCCCUUGCUGCCUGUGUCUAGUGUCCCUGCUGCUGGCUCAGCAAUGCCAGCCUCCUCUCCAUCCACCCCUCCACUCGGGCCCCAGAAUGGAAGCAGCAGAGUAGGGGCUAUGGCGAGCAACGAAGUGGCUGGGGGACAGGGGCUGGGGUCAGGGCUGGCCAUAGGGAGUGGACAGGAAGCCGGCAGGGGGCAGGGCAGUCUGCACAGUGUCUGAUGCCUCAGGACUGUGGGGCAAGGCUGGCUUCAGUCCCCCAUGGUUGGAUAGUUCUUACAGUGUAGAGGUGUCUCCACAGCGGGGGCCCGUGGGAGCAGCCAGUGGGUGUGUCCUGGGCAAAAAGCAAAGGCCCUGUCUCCCCCAGGGGCAGGCAGAAGGGUCCCUGGACCUUGGGACCAGAGGGCGGGCUCUGCUGCUCACUAAUUGCCUUACCCUGACCUUCACCUAAUUUCUUCAAGCUUCCAUUUCAGUGUCUGUAAAAUUCAGCUACUACCAGCUAUUUUGUGGGGUUAUUACAAAGCUUAAAUGAGGAAAGGUUCUGCAAGUACCCUGCGAAUUAUGAAAUACAACGCAGAUGCCAGUGGUUGGUGUCUGCCACUGAGCCAUGCCUGCUGGGUAGAAAGAAAACCCAAACCCCCUUGUCUCUAAAAACAAAAACAAAAAAUAAAAACAAAAACAAAACCCCACAGAACUCCAGACCUACUCAUCAGAGUAGCUCACGAGAGGAAACUAUGGCGUGAGACCACCACUUCUGCUGUCCUUCCCAGCUUCUCCUCCACCUCCCCUUUUCCCUAGUUUAUAAGACAGGAGAGAAGGGGGAAAGCCAAAAGUUGGAAAGAAACAAAAGUAAGAUAAAUAGCUGGACGAACUUGGCGCCACCACCUGGCUCUGGUGGUUAAAAUAAUAAUGAUAUUAACCCCUGACCAAAACUACUAGUGUUAUCUGUAAAUUCCAGACAUUGUAUGAGAAAGCACUGUAAAACUUUUUGUUCGGUUAGUUGAUGUAUGUAGCCCCCAGUUAAGGUCCUCAUGCUUACUUGACUUAUGACCUUUUCACGUGGACCCCUUAGAGUUGUAAGCCCUUAAAAGGGCUAGGAAUUUCUUUUUUCGGGAGCUCGGCUCUUAAGACGUGAGUCUGCCGACGCUCCCGGCUGAAUAAAAAAAACCUCUUCCUUCUUUAAUCCGGUGUCUGAGGAGUUUUGUCUGCCGCUCGUCCUGCUACAAAACCAGUUUUCCAACUUUGCUUUGUAGAACUGAAUGGCUCUAGAACUGAAUGGAGCUUGGUGAAUAGUCAAGAAACUAUACAGUCAGGUUCCUUGCAGAACUGCUUUUUCUGAGCUCAGACCCGAGGUCAUGCUGCUGGCCUUCAUCAUAGUAAUGCUACCUGAAGCAGCCCCGUUAAACCUCCCUGGAGCUGUUUUGCAGGGUACCUGCCCUGUCCUUCUAGAUCCCAUGUUCAUGGAGCUACACACAAGAAAUUUAAGAGCGAAGGGUUAGGAAAAAGCUUUGAUUCCCUCAACAUCUGGGUGGGUUUUAUUAAUUUUUCAACAACAAAGAGACAUGCACCUGAUAGCCCUUCUCUUUUCACCUUACCUAGCAGGAAAGUCAGAGCUAAAUUUUCUUCAGCAACCACCACCUUAGCACCUGUACAGCAUCUGCCCCCUAAUUCCUCUCCGUCUUGAGUCCCAUCUCUAACUUGCUUUUCAUGGUCCUGGCUUUUCAGUGAAUUUGCCAGUUCACCACGUGUGUUUCUGUUGUGAUCUGCCUCAAACCUUCUAGGGACUGAGGUCAGGGUAAGAGUAGUUUAAAAACAAGACAACAUGUGGACAGUGAAGGGUGUGGCAUUGGGCGUACCCUUCCUGCGGGGGUAACCUGGUAGUCUUGCCCACUGCCCCGGUUUAUUCACUGGGGAUGCGGUCCGGUCGGAAAUGGGGCUCUGGCUCGGGGCCAGGAAGGGGAUCUGGGGAGAAAGAGGUUUCCCAACCAGGCCUGUCACAGUAAGCAGCCAAGGACACGGAGCCUCCUGUCUCUCUCAGGCUGGGACGAGGGCUGCCAUUUUAGGCAUGAGAAUUUCUUCUCCCAGAGGCCCUACUCCUCACCACCCUCCAGGGCAAGGAUUAUUAUUAACUCAACUCCUGGAGAGGGAACUGCAGAAUCUGUGAUGCUAGAAGCACAGGAUAGAUCCCCUCGGGGGCCCAGCGUUGGCCUUGAGCCCUGAGAAUGGUAGCCCCAUUUCUUCCCAGGUCCUCCUUCUUGGGGCUUGCUUACAGUAAGGGUCCCAGAGCACUGCCAACAACUGCACCAGUAUCACCUCUCUGGCUCUGGAUUCCUACCUCUAUUAAUACAGCCAAAAGCUGCACUCAGUGUUGGCUCGUAGAGAAUUAAGGGUCAAACCCCGCCAGGUCAUUUCCAGGUCAAUAGUCGUCAGAGGGCCGGCAGGCAUCACUAAGCCCCUUCCCUCCUUCUCCCCACCCCCGCCACUCACUUCCAGCACAUUCUUCCUACUGGAUUUGUCUUUGGGGGCCCGAGAGAGUGGCCCCCCUCAGCUCCACUGUGUACUCGGGGGUGGGAAACUUGGAAGGCUGCCUCUGUGGGAGAGAGAGGAAGGUCACAGGCAGCCCUCAGCCCAGAUGUGUCUGCUGUGGCACUCUGGCUUUAGGAAUAGGAUGGGGUCACUGGCGUGGCCAGGAAACAACUCUGGGGGAAGGAGCCCCGAGGGUUCCUCAACCCAGAGACCCUGAUCUGUGAGGCCCAGAGGGAGGGGGCAUUAGCCAGAGCAGUCCCUCCCUCAUCUCAGCAUGGUUGGAGAGGGGGCAGCGACCCUCGCCAUUAGAGGGAGAGUGGGUUAGGGAGUCAGAUAAACUGGGUUCAGAGCUUGACUGUACAAGUUGGGUGACCCUAGCCAAAUCCCUUCAUCUCCCUGAGCCUCAGUUUCCCCAUCUGUAAAAUGAAGAUAGCCCCUCAGGUAAGUGAGCGGGUCAUGUGGCAUCUGACCGGGCAGUGCUCACUGAGCAGCCAUUCCUUCCCACCCCCAAUGCCUGGUGCUACCCCCAGAUCUGCAGACAGGACCUGAAGUUUCUGACGCAGAUCUGGGCCCAGCCCCUCAUCAACCUGCAGAUGGUGAACGCGUCUCUGUAUGAGCAUGUGGAGCGGAUGCACCUCAUCAGGAGGAGUUGGGAGCAGCUGAAGCUCCUGGGGGAUUACCUGGGCCUGUGCCGGAGCGGCGCCCUGAAGGAGCUCUGCAAGAGGCUCAACCACAGGGAUUAUCUCCUGGAGUCUCCGCAUAGGUUCAGUGUUGCUGACCUCCAGCAGUUUACCAGCCCUCCGCAGAUGGCAAACGGGGUGCAUAAAGGAUUCCUCAAGACCCUGAUCAAAUUUGCCUCCCAGCACGUCUACCACUGCGACCUGUGCACCCAGCGCAGCUUCAUCUGCCAGAUCUGCCAGCAGCACGACAUCAUCUUCCCCUUUGAGUUUGACACCACAGUCAGGUGUGCCGAGUGCAAGACCAUCUUCCACCAGAGCUGCCAGGCUGUGGUGAAGAAGGGCUGCCCCCACUGUGCCCGCCGGCGCAAGUACCAGGAACAGAACGUUUUCACCUGAUGCCCAUCUGCUGACCCCGUUCUGAAGGCCGGGGGUUGGCGAAGGAGCUGUAGCCGGGUCCACGUCUUAUCCAGCCCGAGACACUGUGCUCCGUUGGGCGUCCCUGCGCUGGGAAUCCCGCUC